AUGGCCGACCCGUCGAUGUAUCACACCCUGGGUCAGGCACCUGCUGAAGACCCCUCGAACCCCAAUCGAAUGGCACAACAUUUCCCUCCAACCGCUCCUCCCGCUGGAGGUUACUAUCCUCCCGGUGCAGCUCCUCCUCAACCGGGCGCUGCGUAUGGUCAGCCAGCUCCGCAACAAUGGCCCGCGUACGGUUCCGCUCCAGUGCCGCAUCAACAAACACAACCUCCCCCGCACGGGCUUGCUCCCAGUCCACAACUUGGUUAUGGUGUGGCUCCUCGGGCCCCUAUGGGAGCCCCUGCGGAUCCUGCGAUGGCAGGUCUAGCCUCUCAAAUGAGCGGGUUAGGCAUAAUGGGGGGUGAUGGUGGGGCGCAUCGUGCUGGCAAGAAGAAGCAUCGGCACGCGCAUCAUGAUAUUGGAGGCGCGACUGCCUCGGGUCCACAAGACACCACACCGGCGACGUCGCAAUUCCUGAACACUGGGUUGAACCAAGCUCCUCGCCCCAUCUCCCCUGCGGCUGCCGUUCCAGCGGCGGGCAUGGGCAUGGGCGCCCCGCCCGGUAUGCCCUCGACCGGUGCAGGUUCGGUGCCUACACAGGGUAAAAUCGACCCCGAACAGAUUCCCAGCAUCCCUCGGUCUCGAGACAUUCCCGCCCAGUACUAUUUCAACCAUGUCUAUCCAACAAUGGAACGUCAUCUACCUCCGCCUGCAGCUGUCCCGUUUGUUGCCCACGACCAAGGAAACUCGUCCCCCAAGUAUGCGCGCUUGACCUUGAACAACAUCCCUUCUACAUCCGAUUUCCUCUCAUCUACCUCUCUUCCUCUGGGAAUGAUUCUGCAACCGCUCGCGCCUCUUGACCCCGGCGAACAACCGAUUCCAGUGCUCGAUUUCGGAGAUGCAGGGCCGCCACGCUGCAGACGAUGCCGGACCUACAUCAAUCCUUUCAUGCAGUUUAGAUCCGGGGGGAAUAAGUUCAUUUGCAACAUGUGUACAUUCCCGAACGACGUGCCUCCCGAGUACUUUGCUCCUCUUGACCCCGCGGGGUCUCGCAUCGAUCGCAUGCAACGUCCUGAGUUGAUGAUGGGAACGGUUGAGUUUUUAGUCCCGAAGGAUUACUGGAACAAGCAGCCCGUUGGUCUUCAAUGGUUGUUCUUGAUCGAUGCUACCCAGGAAUCGGUGCAGAGAGGCUUUCUCAAGGGAGUGUGCAAGGGCAUUCUGGAUGCUCUGUACGACACAUCGGAGAACCCUGAAGACGAGAGGCGGAUACCAGAAGGAUCGAAGAUCGGAAUUGUCACUUACAAUCGGGAAGUGCAGUUCUACAAUCUCAGCCCGCAACUGGACCGUGCACAGAUGAUGGUGAUGACGGACCUCCAAGAACCGUUUGUUCCGCUGAGCGAAGGCCUUUUUGUGGAUCCCUAUGAGUCCAAGGACACCAUCACGUCUCUCUUGCAUCAAAUCCCCACGAUAUUCGCCCACGCCAGAAGCCCAGAUCCGGCAUUAUUCCCCGCAUUGAAUGCUGCUUUGUCUGCCCUACAACCCACUGGUGGUAAAGUUCUCGCGUCUAUAUGCAGCCUGCCACAAUGGGGCCCUGGGGCACUUUACAUUAGAGACGACCCGAAGGCACAUGGUACCGAUGCGGAGAAAAAGCUGUUUACGACGGACCACCAGCCUUGGAGAGAUGUCGCUGGCAAAUUUGCCGAGGCUGGCGUCGGUGUGGACAUGUUCGUUGGGUCGCCUGGCGGCACCUAUAUGGAUGUGGCCACGAUCGGGCAUGUCGCCGAAGUGAGUGGCGGUGAGACAUUCUUCUAUCCAAACUUCCACGCCCCCCGGGACAUUCUAAAGCUCUCGCGAGAGAUCGCCCAUGCGGUUACUCGAGAGACCGGGUAUCAAGCGCUGAUGAAAGUCCGGUGCUCCAACGGUCUUCAGGUGUCGGGGUACCAUGGCAACUUUGUGCAACAUGCUCUCGGGGCGGACCUGGAAAUCGGGGCAAUUGACGCGGACAAGGCAAUUGGCGUUCUAUUCAGCUACGACGGCAAACUUGAUGUGAAGCUGGAUGCGCACUUCCAGGCCGCUCUGCUGUAUACGUCAGCCGACGGACAGCGGCGGGUGCGUUGUAUCAACGUUGUAGCGGCUGUCAACGAAGGAGGUUUGGAGACGAUGAAGUUUGUGGAUCAGGAUGCGGUCGUGAGCAUCAUCGCAAAGGAGGCGGCCUCGAAGACGCUCGACAAAUCCCUCAAGGACAUUCGUGCGAGCAUUUCGGAGAAGACGGUGGAUAUCUUCAGCAGCUAUCGCAAGAUCUUUUCGGGGUCCCAUCCUCCGGGACAACUUGUCCUGCCGGAGAAUUUGAAGGAGUUUUCGAUGUUCAUGCUGAGCCUGAUAAAGUCACGAGCAUUCAAGGGCGGACAGGAAGCGUCGGACCGGCGGAUCCACGACAUGCGGAUGCUGCGGUCCAUUGGAUGCACCGAAAUGUCCCUGUACUUGUACCCCCGCAUCAUCCCGAUCCACAACAUGCAGCCUGAGGAUGGCUUCCCGAAUGAGCAGGGACAACUCCAAGUGCCGCCGGCCCUCCGUGCCAGUUUCUCCAAGAUUGAGGAGGGCGGGGCGUAUCUGGUGGACAACGGACAGAUGUGCCUGCUCUGGUUGCACGCGCAGGUGUCGCCUAACCUGUUGGAGGACCUGUUUGGACCAGGCCAUACGUCCCUCCAAGAAUUGUCUCCACAGACAUCGUCGAUCCCUGUGCUGGAGACACAUCUGAAUGCGCAGGUGCGCAAUUUACUGCAGUACUUCUCGACGAUUCGAGGGUCCAAGGCGGUGACCAUUCAGUUGGCGCGACAGGGACUGGAUGGGGCCGAGUACGAGUUUGCGCGGUUGUUAGUGGAAGACCGCAACAAUGAGGCCCAGAGUUACGUGGACUGGCUGGUGCACAUCCACCGGCAAAUCAACUUGGAGCUGGCGGGUCACCGCAAACGUGAGGAUGUCUCCUCGGAGGCGUCCCUGACCAGUCUGGCCGGACUGCGGGCUCCUUACUGGUGA